AUGGAACAACACCGCGAUAUGGAACCGACCUUCAUAAUUCAUGCGCAUUCACCAACAGCCGAAGGCGGUUCUUGGGGAUUCCAUAUAGCUGAUGGGGGCCCAUUUGAGAUGUCUCCGCCAGAACCAUUGGACACAUCAGUUGAACGUUUUGUAGAGAUUUUAUCUCGAAUGACGAGUCUUGCAGAGCUAGAUUUAACCAUCAGGUUUCAUCCCGGUACCAUCAGACCCGCUAUCCCGGCUUACGACAGUAAUCAACCUCGUACCUGGUCUACUUAUUUAGAGCAGCAAAAGGAACUUUCUGUCAUCCGACAGGAUAUUAGGAAAUACGAAAGUCAGCUAGAGUCUGCCAUGACAUCGGCCGCUCAAAUUCUACUUGAUGCCAUCCUAUCUCUUCAAACAGGCUUCUUUUGGACUCUUGCCGAGACAACACUGUAUACGCCCAUCACAUGGUGUAGAUGGCGAUGGUCUCGCCAUAUAGAUUGGAAUGGGACAAUGCGAGCCAAAAUUGAUCCCGAGGCAGAACGUUUCCAUCAAGGUUGGAUGUAUAAUACCGAUGGAUUCACCAGAAAUCCCGAAAGAGAUGACGACUUUGACACGGACGAUGACAAUUGGGCGGAGUAG